AUGCCUCGACUCGAGGUCAACAAAAGCCUAAAACUCAUUGUCAGAGACCGAGAUUAUCUGCCAGGCAUUCCAAAAGUCGACAGCAUAAUGAAUGGUCUCCAGGAAAGCAAGCGGACCAUUUGUAUAGUGUCAAAGAAGUAUUUGGAGUCUAAGUGGCGUGAUUAUGAACUAAACAUGGCGAAAGUAGAAGCCAUUGAAGAUCGUGGAUCUCUUGAUUACGUCAUUCUUAUAUUGUUACCCGAAGUGUAUAACGAUGAAAUUCCGCAUAAAAUCAUGGACCUUAUCAAAAAAGACCGCUUUAUUGAAUAUCCUAUGGAAUCAUGCGCGUAUGAUGACUUUUGGGAGAGGCUUAUGGGGAUGCUUGAUCAAUGA